AUGUACAUAAAUAAUAUCAUUGCAUUACUAUUGUCUACCAUAGCGUAUUUAAUAUGGAAUAGAAAUUUUCAAACUUUACUCUUACUUUUGCUUUGUUGCUUACUUGUGCAUGAAGUUAGAUUCAUUACUGGACAGCAGAACGAAGUUGCAUGGGUCAUCUACGCUAAUGGAAAUGAUAGCAAGAAGAAGCGUACUAUGGCGAGGAUGCUUUCGCGAUUCCGUGACAUUCUCGUCCUGACAUUAUCAAUCGAUAAUGUCAGGACGAGAAUGUCACGGAAUCAUAUCAAUAUGCAGAUGGUUGGCCUUGACGUAAUUGAGAUUGAUGUGAUGAAAGCACUGUUUUGCUUUACGUUUCUGUUCAUUGUUGAAUCAUCAACAAUUGGAAGGAAAAUCAAGGUUCCGAACAGCGACCACACAUUACAGGAAUUGAUCUACAGAAGCGCACUCCCACGAUCAAACGAACAAAUUCAGGAUUCUGUUUGGUGGGUUCCUAACGGAGAUAGCUACCAAGCUACGAAAGUUACUGUUCUCAAUGAAGGGAAACAAUACUCUACGUACAGUUUUCAAAUGGUUCUAGUGAAGAGCCAAUGUGAUGCCAAGAAAGUGCCUAUUUCGUCACUGCGGAAAUGUAAACCUGCCCCGCGUUCGAAUUUACGUGUUUUUUGCCAAGUGAUGCUUGCUUGGAACGAAAACGAUUGGUCCUCUAUUGAGAUGGAAAAUUAUUGCUCUCGGAAAUAA